AUGGAUUGUUUAGUGUUUUCUAUGUCAGAACAUUACGUUAAUGCAGUUUUUUCUUUUAAAAAAAGUCGAUAUCUAGUAGAAAAUCAUCGAUCCCUGAUCCCUGUUUUUCAAAAAACAGGGAUUUUGAGAAACACUAUCCCUCAAGCAUUAAUUAUGAGCGGUGAAAAGAAAGCUGGGGAAUAG